AUGGAAAAGCGAAGAACUCAAGUAGAAGUUUAUUAUAGUGCUCAAGGUUAUUGGCAUGUUGCAGUUUCACCAUUUUGCACAACAAAUACUUAUGUUAUAACCCUUGAUUCGAUGACUGGAUGUCCUCAAUACUUCGGAAUUCCGAUGGUCGAUGUAUUUCAAGAUCAUUCACUUGCAAUCUCAUAUUUAACAUCAUCCUUCGAAUCUGAACUUAAAUAUAAAGGCGACGGACUUCUUGGCAUAAAUAAAUCAAAUAAUCAAGUAGUUCUUGGCAUUAUCGAUGGCUCACAGGUUUCAGGAUGGAUGCCUGGUGGCCAUUUAGUUCAAACAAUAACAAGUGCAAAAUUUAUAAAAAUCUGCCAAACCGAUGAAGAGAAUUCUUCGCAAUUAGAGAACUUCCAAUUACUUAAUAAUCAUUUUUACUGUGAGACAUACGAUAUCACACGCUUAAUUCCUUCAGAUAAACCAUCAUAUCAACCAGAUCCAACUUUUUGCUGGAAUAACGCUUGGAGGAAGCCAUUUGAAGAUUUAGGAAUAGGAUUUUGCUGCAUAUCAAUACUGCAAGGCUUAUGUCAAUCAUAUUCUCCACCAGGAAAAGAUUAUACAAUUACAAACAUUUGUCGUAGAGCUUCUGCGAACCCAGGAACAAGAUACUCAUCUCGUGGCUUGAAUGAAGAUGCUUUCCCAGGUAACGAAGUUGAAGGAGAACUGAUUUUUAUCCGUGGAGAAAACUUUUAUUCGCAUAGAUGGAGAAGAGGAUCAGUUCCGAUUCAUUGGAAUACUAUUUUAGACUCAAAAGUUUCAACACCAAAGCAUAAAGUCGAAGUUGAUCGCUAUUUCGAAGGAACUCCCAAAUAUUUCCGAAAUUUACAAGAAAGAUACAAAUCUGACAGAAUUUUAUGCGUUUCUUUACUCCAAACUAACGCAGGAGGUUCUGAAUCAGAACUUGUUGAGUACUAUUCAAAGGCUCUUUCGAGAUUACCCGAUGAAAACAUUCUUGGAGUUGCAUAUAUGCCAUAUGACAUUAAUAAAACACUCCACGAUGGAGGAUCUGCUGUUGCAUUUGAUGAAUUCCUUAAAUAUGUGAAGCCAAUGAUAGAAGAUGGCGGUUUUGAAGAAAAUAAUAAUAAAGGUCAUCAAAAAUGUCUUCUUAGAUAUAACUGCGCUGACUCUUUGGAUAGAACUAACCUUGCUACAUUUUAUGCUGCCAUUUAUGUAACAAGUCUUUGGCUUAAAAACCAAAAAUUGAUUAUUGUCAGAAAAGAUUCAAAUCCAAAGGACUUAGUACCACAAGAUGUCAUUGAUUUCCUCGCGAAAUCAUUUGUAGAGAGCGGAAAUAUCGUUUCAACGAUCUCUACAAACACUCAAGCGAUAAAAGUCAACGCAAUCAAGCAUUUUUCACCAAACUUACCUUAUUCAUCCAAUGAUUCAGCCAUUACAUUACAAAGAAGAGUUCAAAAUGUCUUAAUUGACCCUUCAAGACAAAAAGUUAUCGAAUCUUGGACAAACAACUUCGAAUUCGACUCUUGCUGCUUAUCACCAUCAUAUAUACAUCCAAUGGAAGGAACACCAUUCACAUUGGUCGGAUUAGGAAGUUCAUUAUCUUUAUUAAAUAAUAAUCAAGCGUAUUGUGCCACUUUUCCAAGGCCAAUCAUACUCCAAUCCAUCCAAGUAACACCUAGUCAGCUAAAUCCUGGUCCUUGCUUCAUGAGAAUUGAAGCUGGAGAAGAUAUCGCAAAUCUCAAGUUUUUAUCAAAGAUAGAGAUACCUGUUGUUGAAAAGAAUAUCAUUGCCAGCUUCCCAGUAUCCGAAGUUUUCAACUUCGGACUCGAAAACAAGACUCCAAGCUUUGCAACAAUUGUAAAAUUGACAUUUUCAGGUUCAGAGCAACAAUUUUCAAUUGGACCGAUCAGAUUCUUCGGAAAAUUCGCCAAUGGAGACAUUUCCACUAAAAAAGAGUUCAAAGAAGAUGAUGAAGAAACAAUUGAAAGAUUUAAAGUUUCUUUCGACCAAUACAUGAAGUCUAGAAAGCAAUUAAGCGAUGUUAUCGAACUAGAACGAGCCAGAGUUGGUUUAUUUGUUCCAGAAAAGAUCAGAACUAACUUUGCCAUAAAUUCCGGAAUAAAUCCAUGGCGUUGUGACUCAUGUUCUCAAAUAAUAGCACGAUCAGAUGAUGAGAAACACUGUGCUUUCUGUCUCAAGCAGUUUGAAUCAGACGAAAACAGAUUUGUCGUAAGAAGAUCAGAUCUUUUAAAGGGUUUGUUGUCUUCUGAUCCAUAUGACAAGAAUCUUAUGUCUCUUUACGUUUGCCAGAACUGUUCUGACUCAGCAAGUAUCUGCGCAAGUACAACAUCUGUCAUAGAAGAAGAAUUAAAGUCAUUUGUCAAAAGUCCAAGGGAAAUGACAAAAUGUGACAUGUUAAAUUUGUCACUUGAAGUUAUAGACAGAUGUCGUGAUAUUUCAACGCAUUGCCAGUCAACGUUGAUAUCAGCAUCAUCAGACAAAGCCAAAGAUGUAUAUUAUCGACUUGAAACUGAAAUUUUGGAAAGUUUUCAAUUCGAAAUUUCCUUCCAAAACACUGCUGUCGUGUCUUUCCUCUGCUUUAAGUCAACUGAUGAGAAUGUACAGGUAGUUAUUAAUGACGAGGAAGCGAAAAAGAAUGUUUUGAAAGACGGAAAAUUGCAAUUUGUCAUAGAAGACCCAAUUAUGUCCGGAAUGAUCAAAGUUAAAGUUGUUGUCCAUGACAAAGUGAAGAUAUCCGACUUCACAGUCUUCGGAACAAUCCUUGUAGUUCCAAAUGAACCAAUUCAAAACGAAUUCCCUCUAAAACCGAAAGAUGAGAUCAAAGCAAUCGACUGCAUCCAAGAACUCAACAAAAAUGAGCGUAUUCUCAAUGCAAAGUUCAAUGGAACUGCAAAAAUCAAAAAAUUAAUUUUUAAUGUUGACGCGAAAAAGUCUUUUUGCAGGUCUGCCAUCGUAGUAUUUUCGGCAAAUGGAAAGUCUGUGUAUAAUAACCAUUUGAUUCUUCCGAAAUCUUCAGUUUCCGCGACUUUGAUUUAUAAUCUUGAAAAAGAAUACGAAGCUGAGAGUGCGACUAUCUAUUAUAUCGAUAGAGUGGCUAAGUUUAUAGCUCCUGUCGUUAAUUUUGCAUAA